AUGUCAGACGCAAAUCAAAGUCCAUCAAAUUGUACAUAUUGUUAUCAAUUAGAAUGUUCUGUACUUAUUCAGCCAACAAAUUCUGGUCAUAAUAAAGCAACAGUUUCAGCGAAAAAUGCUAUGGUUACAGUUGGAAGAAAUAAUCUUCGGUUGGUAUUUUUUGUUGAAAAAAGUUUAAAAUUCUAAUAUAUUUUCAGACAAAUAGUGGUUCAAGUUGAAUUGAGAAGUUCUGCAAAAAAUGGACAACCGGCAACAGCGAGUUAUGAUUUGAAAGAUGCAAAAGUUCAUCAACAACAUAUUGCGAAAGGAAAAUGUAGUUUAGAAAUUCCAUCAAAACAUUUGAUAUUACAAAUGUCAAAUUGUGCUCCAAGAAAACUCAAUGUUUUCAUAAAAUCACUUCAAGCUAAAAUUGAUAUAAUGAAAACUGAAAAAGAUGUGAAAUCAAAUGGAUCUGCGCCAAAUAUGACUAAUGUUUUGAGUCCACUAAGUGUAUCAGAAAUACGAAAAAUUCGAAGAAUGCGAGGAAUUGCAACUGGAGAAUCACCAUUAGCAAAAGGAAUGACAGCAAAAACACCAAAAAGAGAUGGAGAAACUGAAAAACAAAAUAAAAAAACUGAAACAACACCGAUAUCAUAUGCAAGAGAUCGAAGGAUAUUGGCAAGUUCAAUUGGUUUGAAAAGAAUGAGAACAUUUGCCGGAUUUGAAGAUGAAAAACCAACUGAGGUAAGAUAUUUUGAUUGAUUUUAAUGUUAAUUCUUUUGUCUUUAUUUCAGUUCAAAUUUGUUCCUCUCAAGUCAAUCCCUGAGAAAAACGAGUCUCCAGAUGCGCAUAAAAAUCGAUUUGAGCUUACCGACGAGCAAAAAUCGGUGGUUCGCGCGGUUGUUCAAAAUCGAGAAAAUGUAUUUUUCACUGGAUCCGCUGGAACUGGAAAAUCGGUUAUUCUUCAAAGAAUUAUUGAAAUGUUACCUGCAUCAACUACUUUUAUUACAGCUGCGACUGGUAUGUUUUUUUUUUUUUACUUUUCAAGCAUAUUGAACUUUAUGAAAUGUUUUUAAUUGAACAAAUUUGGAGUGAGCACAUUUUUUUAAAUCAGGAUAAUUUUCAAAUGAUUUUUUGUUAUAGAAAAUUAGUUUGUUUAAACUUUGUUAAAUUAACCUGCUUUUUAAUUUUUUUCAAUUAAAAUAUUUAAAAAUUUGCAGGCGUCGCUGCUUGUCAAAUUGGUGGAAUAACUCUUCAUUCAUUUGCUGGAAUUGGUGUUGGAAGUGGCACCGAAGAACAAUGUUUUCAAUUAGCAAACAAUCAGAAAAAUAUAGUUCGACAAUGGAAACAAUGUGCAUAUUUGAUAAUUGAUGAAAUAUCAAUGAUUGAUCGAAAUUAUUUUGAAAAACUGGAAUAUGUUGCAAGAGCAAUUCGACAUAAGGACACUCCGUUUGGUGGAAUUCAAUUGAUUAUAACUGGCGAUUUUCUUCAAUUGCCACCGGUUACAAAAGAUGAACCACAGUUUUGUUUUGAGGUAUACUUUUUGGGAAAAAUUUAUUUAUAUUGUUUUAUCGAUUUUAGAGCGAUGCUUGGAAUAGAUGUAUGCGAAGAACUAUAGUUCUCGAAAAAGUUAAAAGACAAAAUGAUCAAGAAUUCGUCAAAAUUUUGCAUCGAAUUCGAGUCGGAAAAUGUGAUAUGCAAGCGACAGAAAUACUUUGUGCAACAUCGUCAAAUAAUUUUGGCGAAGGAGUUGUUCCAACUCGAUUAUGUACACAUACAGCAGAUGCAAAUAGUAUAAAUCAACAUAAUUUGAAAAAGUUGGAGGAAGAAGAAAAAUCAUUUUAUGCUCAUGAUGAUGGAUAUAUUCCGGAUAGUUUACAAUUAAUGGUAAAUAAGAAAUUAGUCUUGAAAAUUGGUAGUCAAGUUAUGCUUAUUAAAAAUAUCGAUUUAUCAAAAGGAUUGUCAAAUGGAUCAAGAGGUUAUGUUAAAUCAUUCAGUGAAAAUGGUAAUCCAAUGGUUCAUUUUAUUGCCAACAAUAAAUCUGUCGAGGUAAGAAAGUUUUGAAUUUUUGUCGGGAAUAAAGGGUUUCAAAAAAUAUAUUGGAGGCUGUUGAUUUUUCUUCAAACCUGCAAUUUUGUAUUUUAUCGCAAACUAUUUUUCUAUGAAAAGAUUUCAUAGAUUGCUCUCCCGAAAUUGUAUUUUUAUCAAAAAAAACUAAAAUGCAAAUUUACUUAAUUUUAAAUAAAAACCCAAUUUUCUCAUAGAUUUGCCGUUCAAAAUUCUCAAUUCGAGUUCCUGGAUCGGAUAGCACAAUCACAAGAACUCAAAUUCCAUUACAAUUAGCAUGGGCGAUUUCAAUUCACAAAUCUCAAGGUUUAACAUUGGAUUGUGUAGAAAUGAGUCUGGGAAAAGUAUUUGCUGAUGGUCAAGCUUAUGUUGCAUUAUCAAGAGCCAGAUCAUUAGCAUCAAUUCGAGUUAUUGGAUUUGAUCCAGUUUGUGUUAGAGCGAAUUCGAAAGUUAUUGAUUUCUACGAGUCGCUUAAGGAUUUUGAAGAAAAAGAUGAGAAUAACGGGUUUCAUCUUUCUAAAAAACGAAGUUGUAUGAGCUUGUGA